AUGGAUGCUGAAGUCUCAACGCCUAAGAAUUCCAAGGAGGUGGAAAGGGUAGCUGAACUCUCAAAAGACUUGCCCACCGACUGUUUAGACACAGACACCGAGGAAGACGAGUCAGCUACAGAUCCCAAUUUGUGCUCAAGAGAGGUGGAAUAUGACAGCACAUUGUCACCGGAAUGGAUGAAGAUUAAAAAUGCAUUUGAUGAUUUUAAUCUCACAUUUCCCAUUGAUCUGUUCUCGAAAAAAAUCGAAACCUUCUGCUGCCCUGGCUACGCCAAGAACGAUCGUGAAAAGCUCUGCAAGCCUGUGUGCGAGCCCAAUUGUGGGGCGAACAGUGAUUGCCAAGCACCAAAUAAAUGUGUUUGCCGCAAGGGUUUCGUCCAGACAUUUGGAAGCGAUUUGUGUGUCCCAGAAUGCUCGGAACAGAACAAACCGGAGCACAGUACCUGCAUUACUCCUUAUAUGUGGGAGUGCGAUUUGGGCUACGCCAAAGUGCAAAAGGCCAAAGGAGAAAAUGGAUUUGAGUGCAGGCCACACUGCGUCCACAGCUGCUCUAUCUAUGGCAAAUGCGUGGCGCCCAAUGUCUGUGAGUGUCUGCCCGGCUAUGAAUCCAUUUUAAUUGGUUACGAUGCAGAUAAUAGGAUGGCGCUUAAGAACUGCAAUCUCAUUAAAGGUUAA